UCAACCCAACUCUCAGUCAGCAACUCUCAGUCCCGCUCUCAGUCAACCCAGCUCUCAAUCAGCAACUCUCUGUCAGCCUACCUCUCCAGUCCAGCCUAGCUCUCAGUCAACCCAACUCUCAGUCAACCCAACUCUCAGUCAACCUACUCUCAGUCAGCCCAACUCUCAGUCAACCCAACUCUCAGUCGCCUAACUCUCAGUCAACCUCUCUCAUCAACAACUCUCCAGUCAAGCCUACUCUCCAGUCAACCCAACUCUCAGUCAACCCAACUCUCAGUCAACCCAACUCUCAGUCAACCCAACUCUCAGUCAACCCAACUCUCAGUCAACCCAACUCUCGUCACCCAACUCCAAUCAACCCAACUCUCUGUCAACCUGCACUCUCGUCAACUGCUCUCAGUCAGCCCAACUCUCAGUCAACCCAACUCUCAGUCAACUCUCUCUCAGUCCCUCUCUCAGUCAACAACUCUCAGUCAACCUAUCUCAGUCAACCUAACUCUCAAUCCUUCUCUCGUCAACCUUUCUCAGUCAGCCUAACUCCAGUCAGCCUUCUCCCAGUCAACCUUCUCAGUCACCCAACUCUCAGUCAACACACUCUUCACAACUCAGUCAGCAACUCUCAGUCAACAACUCUCAGUCACCCAACUCUCAGCAACCUAUCUCCAGUCAACCCAACUCUCAGUCAACCCAACUCUCAGUCAACCCAACUCUCAGUCAGCAACUCUCAGUCAGCAACUCAUUCAACCCAACUCUCAUUCAGCAACUCUCAGUCAACCCAACUCUCAGUCAACCCAACUCAGUCAACCCAACUCUCAGGCAACCCAACUCUCAGUCAACCCAACUCUCAGUCAACCCAGCUCUCCAGGCAACCCAACUCUCAGUCAACAACUCCAGUCAACCCAACUCUCAGUCACCCAACUCUCAGUCAACAACUCAUUCAACCCAACUCUCAGUCAACAUUUUGUUUUGCAACUCUCAGUCAACAACUCUCAGUCAACAACUCUCAGGCAACCCAACUCUCAGGCAACUCUCGGCCAACUCUCAGUCAACAACUCUCAGGCAACCCAACUCCUCCUCUCAGUCCCCAACUCUCAGUCAACCCAACUCUCAGUCAACCCAACUCUCAGGCAACCCAACUCUCAGUCAACCCAACUCCAGGCAACCCAACUCUAGUCAACCCAACUCUCAGUCAACCCAACUCCAGUCAACCCAACUCUCAGUCAACCCAACUCUCAGGCAACCCAACUCUCAGUCAACCCAACUCUCAGUCAACCCAACUCCAGGCAACCCAACUCUCAGUCCCCAACUCUCAGGCAACCCAACUCUCUCACAACUCUCAGGCAACCUUACUCAGUCAACUCUCAGUCAACAACCUCAGUCAACCUAACUCUCAGUCAACCCAACUCUCAGUCAACCCAACUCUCAGUCAACCCAACCUCAGUCAACCUAACUCUCAGUCAACCCAACUCUCAGUCAACCUAACUCCUAUCCAACCCAACUCUCAGUCAACCCAACUCUCAGUCAACCCAACUCUAGUCAACCCAACUCUCAGUCAACCCAACUCUCAGUCAACCCAACUCUCAGUCAACCCAACUCUCAGUCAACCCAACUCUCAGGCAACCCAACCUCAGCAACCCAACUCUCAGUCAACCCAACUCUCAGUCAACCCAACUCCAGUCAACCCAACUCCUCAGUCAACCCAACUCAGUCAACCCAACUCUCAGUCAACCCAACUCUCAGUCAACCCAACUCUCAGUCAACCCAACUCUCAGUCAACCCAACUCUCAGUCAACCCAACUCUCAGUCAACCCAACUCUCAGUCAACCCAACUCUCAGUCAACCCACUCUCAGUCAACCCAACUCUCAGUCAACCAACUCUCAGUCAACCCAACUCUCUAGCAACCCAACUCUCAGUCAACCCAACUCUCAGUCAACCCAACUCUCAGUCAACCCAACUCUCAGUCAACCCAACUCAGUCAACCCAACCUCAGUCAACCCAACUUCAGUCAACCCAACUCUCAGUCAACCCAACCUCAGUCAACCCAACUCUCAGUCAACCCAACUCUCAUUCAACCCAACUCUCAGGCAACCCAACUCAGGCAACCCAACUCUCAGUCAACCCAACUCAGGCAACCCAACUCUCAGUCAACCCAACUCUCAGCACCAACCCAGAUCAACUCUCAGCAACCAACCUCAGUCAACCUAACUCUCAGUCAACCCAACUCUCAGUCAACCCAACCUCAGUCAACCCAACUCUCAGUCAACCCAACUCUCAGUCAACCCAACUCUCAGGCAACCCAACCUCAGUCAACCCAACUCUCAGGCAACCCAACCUCAGGCAACCCAACUCUCAGUCAACCCAACUCCCAGGCAACCCAACUCAGUCAACCCAACUCUCAGGCAACCCAACUCUCAGUCAACCCAACUCCCCAGGCAACCCAACCUCAUCAACCCAACUCCAGUCAACCCAACCUCAGGCAACCCAACUCUCAGUCAACCCAACUCUCAGUCAACCCACCUCAGUCAACCCAACUCUCAGUCAACCCAACUCUCAGUCAACCCAACUCUCAGUCAACCCAACUCUCAGUCAACGCAACUCUCAGUCAACCUAA